AUGCGACGCAACGUCCACCACUCUGUCGAGGAUCUCAAUGCCACCGUCCAACGUGUCUUGGCCGGAGAAUCGCAAGUCGACGUCAGCGCAGCAAUCAACAUUGCGUACCGGACGUUGAAAACGUAUGUUCACAAGCACCGCCACGACAUUUAUCCCACACGGCUGCGGAAAGAGCCACCACCAACGCUACCACUCAAAUGCGGAGACAGUUUCGUGGAUCGUCGGGAUGCAGCAGACUGGAUUCCCUACCGCGUGAAAGGCGACUGUGUAUCCCGGAAAGAACACCGCGACGAAUGUUGCGUAAACAACUACUACUACCGCGAUGACUAUCGUGAAGACUAA